AUGCUACUAUUUCUGCUUUGUCUUUGCAGUAUGGCAGCAGGUAAUGGACUAGACUUUGGAAACAGGGCUGAAAGGCGCGAAAGGUUGAAUUCCAUGCACCAUCAUGACGACAACGACCACAGAGAGCACAAAAUGCAUGAGUAUAGAGACAGACCCCAUAAGGGUGAAAGCAUUGUGGUUACAAAUGAAUAUCCUGGAACUAUGCAUCAUGAUGAUUCAAAUUUGCAUGACGAGGACUCUGUGCAAGACCAUCCAAAGGUGGUCAUUGGCACGUCUGAUACAGGCAAUACAUAUGAAGAUGCUAUUGACGACGAUCUUUCGUUCCAUAAUGGCCAUGAAGGCAUACUCAGCCAGCUUAUGGCUAAUGAGUCAUCUAGAUUUGCGGAGGUGCCGACUGAGAUCAAAGGCACGCCUCCAAACUAUGCAUAUCCGAAUGAAACAUAUGUUUCUGGUGACAACACAAUGAGUGGGAGAACAAACAUUCAACAGGUCAAGAUCAAUCAGCUACUGGAAGAUGGAAAGCCAAUAGACAAUGCAAAUCCUUCGAACAUGUACAACGCUCUUGUGUCAAUUGGCCACUCGAAGCCUGUGGCAAGUGGUGUUGCCGACGAGAUCAGAAAUGCAAAUAUCGACAAGGAAAUGAGGUUGAAGAGAGUGCGUGAGCUAUCUGAGCCUGAAAUAAGCCCGUCGUAUGUUUCUCAGCUCGAUCUUGCAAGAUUCAAGAACUCGAAGGAUGCUAUUUCGGGCUUCGAGAGGGACAUGUUUGUGCGGAUGGCUUUUGAGUCUCGUCUUGCAAAGAUGGAUUCAGUAGAGAGGUCGAAGUUUGAAGCGUUUCUAGCAAGCAAGUACACGUCUAGCUACAAUGCGGGGCUUGCAAGAGGGCUGCCUGCAAAGGUGGCUCAUGAUGAGGCAAUGAACGAUGUUGAUCUAGCAUACCAGCAUGCAGCAAGGGCAGCAGCGAUUUCUGGUGGCGGGCAGCGGGUUGCAAAGCUUGCAGCAGACAAGAUACAGAUCGAGGAGGAAAGUGCAAACAAGAUUGCAAACUCGCCUCCUGGCAUCCGCUCUGAGCUGAUUAGUGAGAAGAUAAAGGAGAUGAAUGCCAAGAGUCUUGAGAGCACUGUGGACUUCAGCAAUGACCUGAAGAAGAUGCAUAUUGAAGAGCCGAUCGAAAGGGCGCAUCAGAAGCUCGAGAGAGCAAGUGCGUUGAAGGAGGAGGCAUAUGAGGAGGCAAUAAUGCAUCCGGUUGUGAGCGAAAAGAUCCUGAGGGACAUUGCUGAUGUUGGGAUGAUGGACCUCAGUAAGGCACAGAGCGAUCUGAAGAUCAUCGAGGAUCAUCGCUCGAGGAUUAGCAACGGGGUGAAUGCGCUUGAUUUACUGUACAACGUGAACAAUCAGAAAGCAAUUGACCAAGUGAACAAGAUCAACGAGCUGAAGGAGAAGAAUGCGAUUGCAGCACAGAGAGAUGCUGAUGAGAAGAACGCACUGAAGGCGGCAGAGGAGAGGCUUGCGCUGGCCAAGGAGAGCCAAAUAAUCAGCCAAGACGGGGAGAAGAAGUUCAAGGAAGUGUUUAGGAGGACGGGCGAUGUGAUCGAGGCAGGAAGAGCAAGGGAUGAGGCAGAGAGAGAAACAAGAAACAGGCUGUCGAAGGAAAGAGAGCUCAGAAGAAGGGAGGUUGAGAAGAUGUUUUCAAGCAGGAACAUUGAAAUGAGCUCAUCGAUCAAGGAGGCGAUUGAGCACAUGGCAACUGCACAUGCAGGGUUGAAUGAGGUUGGCGACAGCCUUGAGGAUCUGAACAAGAAGUACAUUGAGGCCGAGAAGCGCAAGACGAACAUUGAGGAGCUACAGAAGGAAACACUGACACCUGUGAAGGUCAAGGAGGUUAUUCCAUCGAAUGUAAGCAGUGUUGGGAUACUGGAUGGGCGAAUGGAGCUUCCAUUGAAGGGAUUCAGCAGCGAGGAGCCGAAGACAGAAGAGGAGGCGAUUGUGCAACGGAUACAGAUGAAGAGGAGAGAUCAGGCAAGGAACAGGGUGAUUGAAACACCGAUUGAGACGGGUCUGAAUGUAAUUGAGACUGAGGAUGGGUACACGCAUAUUUCUGAAGCGGCAGAGAAGAUGGAUAUAAGCAAGGGGAAGGUAUUCUAUCCGAAGAAUGCAAAGGGAUUGAUGGAGAAGCAAGGGCUUGACACAUCACUGCUGAAUCACAGAUUCAACACUGGAGAAAGAACAGACAUUGACAAAGGAGUCGAGUACUAUGAAGCGGAUGCAAGCGGGUUCAGCCUUGAUCUUCCGUCUCCGUUGGAUCCGAUUCCGACAUCUGUGAUUACAAAUGGAAAGACAAGCCUAGACAUUGGCCAUGCGUCUGAGAUCCAGAUAGACGAGGGGGUGCUGAUACAAAAGCCCUGGGAUGAGUUUGUGAAGGAUGUCCGGCCAUCAGUCAACGAGGGGCAUUUACAAGAGGCACAGGCAAUGGAUACUAUGCAUAGGAAGUCAGUGAUUGAGCAGGAGAACAAGAAGAAGAACCUUGAGGAGAUAGAUGUGAGUGUGAUUACAAAUCCCGAUGGUGCCGAGUAUGUCGAGGUUGUUCCACCAUAUGGAGUGGCUGAGAUCCUGCCGAUGAGCCAAGCAGUUGCGAGUCUUAAGAGCAUUGGGACUCAGUCUGUUGAAGCAGUAAGCGAGGAGACAAAGAGGCACAACCAGAGCAUCCUGCUUGACAUGGCAUCGAACAAAUCGCAAACUGAUGUGGAGACUGAGUUUGUUCUUGAUGUUCUCAGCGACAUGGAAAAGUCCGGAAGCAUAGACAAUCUUUCGAAGAAGAAUCCAUUCAAUGGACAGAUUGAUGAGAAGAAAGCAAAGAUUGUUGAUAAGCGUGUGAGUGAAAUGAUUGAGGAGAGUAUCUCCACAUCAAAAACGAUUGAGAGCAAUGUUAGGAACAAUAUCCUUAGGAAUGCCGAACAGUAUUCAAAGCAGCUAGGAAUCAGCACACAGUCGUUCAUUGAGAUGGUCUCCAAGGUCUUUGACAGUGUUAUUACGCAGAUGAAUGUGUACAACCAGUCGUCAAUCAAGAACAGGAAAGAGGUCACAAACACUCAAUUCUACAAGUACAUCACAACCAUUCUACCGAGUGGCACUAAUGUAGAUUCAAAAAAGGUAGUCAAGAUAUUCUUGUCCAGCAUAGCAAAGGAGACGAACAGGCCUGAUACAGUUGAUGGAGAGGUGAUAAGCACUACUACGGUUAAAAGCGACCAGCCGAUCAUCGCAACACGGAGCAUACCUACGCCUGAUGGGAUAAGGAAUAUGGUGUAUAACUUGACGCCGAAGAACAAUGCUCCUAAACCUGCUCCUGGUGAUCAACCAAAGGCCAGCAUUCCGGAUAAUUCACAGAUUCUUACAAAGUUCAAUUUGAACGAUCCGAACAAGCCGCUUACAAUCCCAAGAGCCAAACCGAACACUCCUAGCACACCGCCCACUAGUACGACCACUACUGCACCUAAUACACCAGGGAGUAAUCCACCAAGCAGCACAACAACCAUUAAUACGAAUAAGCCACGAGGUACACCCAAUAAUCUGGUUAAUAUUUUUAGCAUUCCUGGUGUGCCAAAGCCUAACACUACCACGCCAGAGGAAUCUGGCAAUCCACCUGCCGCCAAUGCUCCUCCACAAGGUACACCAAGUAAUCCAGCUGGCAAUCCACCUACGGUUAAUGCCCCAGGUAGUGCCCAAGGAACACCCAGCAGCAAUCAGCCGAGUAAUGCACCUAAUGCUCCAAGCACAAAUACUACACCAAGUACUUUGCCAAGCACAGGCACACCUAACACCACACAUCCGGGCACUGGCACUGGCACUAAUCUUGCUCCUAAUGCACCCAAUACACCGCCGGAAGGAUCAGGUAAUGGAGAGAAAGAGCGCAAACAUCCAUUAACUUUCAUUUCCUCUCGGAAUCCUUAA